CAGGAAAGGAAGACGUCAGAGAGGGACAGGAAAAAAUGUCUGACGGAGACGUAACAAAAUCGGUCACUUCCAAGUCCUCGCUGAAGCGUCAGGAGUGUCUGGAGCUGGACCAGCAGAUCAUCGCUCUGAUCUCCAUCCUCAGACACAUCCAGGUCCGACUCAAACAGCAGCAGCAGCAGUCCGUGGGCCGAGGCCUGGUCUCCCUGGAUGACAUCAUCACACAGACGGAGACUCUGGACCUGGAACUGCGAGACCUGGAGCCUGAGAUCACUAAGAAGACGGAGGCCGCAGAGAAAAUGUUGGAUCCACGGCCCGACGACGUUCCUCCUCAGCUUCUAUUGGCUCUGGAAAAGGAUGGGCGUGGCUUAGCCCGGGGCUUCGAAGCUGCUCGGCAAAUGUCCGAGGAGAUUCUGAAGACUCUCAGAGACCAUCGAGAGUCUUACAAGGUGAGGGGACAUGA